AUGGCGUCCCAUUUCGCUGCCUUUCUCGAAGUCGAAAGCUCUCCUCGCAUCGCACGUCCAGCUGCUGUUCUUCGUUAUGAUGAUCAAAUAUCCAUAGCUACUUCCCGCAACCAUGAAUUGGUAGAGCUGCAGCCAAGUAGCUCGAUUGUUCAGAGACUCGGGCCUUUCGCAUCACCCUCAAGCCUUGAUACAGCAACACCGCCAGAUCUCGAAAGCCUCUCUUCAAAACCUGGGUCACCCAGCAGCGAACCUGGUGUACCAGAAUCACAGCUAGUUUCAACGGAUAUAGUGCCGAGCAUCAAUAACCCAGCAAGGAACAAAUGGCGCAUUGUCAGUGCUUGCUGCAUGCUCUUAUCCAACGGUAUGAGUGACAGUGCCCCUGGUGCUCUGAUUCCAUACAUGGAACCGGACUUCCAUAUCGGCUAUGCUAUUGUAUCGCUCAUCUUCAUUGCCAAUGCUGCGGGCUUCAUUCUCGCCGCUCCUUUAACACACUGGCUCGAAAGUCGAUUUGGUCGUUCCAGAACCGUCAUGAUCUGUCAAGUGCCUGUAUUCGCUGGUUAUUUGGUUAUUUUGUGCAAGGCACCGUUUCCGGCAGUCGUAGUCAGCUUUUUCCUGAUUGGACUCGGUGUUGCAGUCAACCUUGCCCUGAGUAAUGUCUUUAUAGCUAAUUUGGCGAACGCUACUGAGCUGCUAGGAAUCAAUCAUGGGUUUUACGGGGUCGGAGGAACUAUAGCUCCUCUGAUCGCAACGGCCCUGGCAUCGAAUGGAGUGCAUUGGACGUUCUUCUAUAUCAUUAAUGUGACAUUGUCCGCUUUUAACCUCAUUUUUGCAGGAUGGGCAUUCCGGGGUUAUGAGACAGAUAUGCCUGUUCAGGCACAGGCUGGACAGAACCAAAAUAUCGACGGGCCUGCGAAAAAGAAUCCGAUCUGGAGAGCAGUCAAGACGAAAGCCACGCUAUUGGGCGCGCUGUUCAUUUUCGCAUAUCAAGGAGCAGAGGUUUCAAUCUCUGGUUGGAUUGUUUCCUUCUUGAUUAAUUAUCGAAAUGGGGACCCAGCCCACGUGGGAUAUGUCAGUGCUGGUUUCUGGGCAGGCAUUACCGUGGGCCGUUUCGUCCUGUCCUAUCCAGCGAGGCGACUCGGGGAAAGGCUUGCAGUGUUCUUCCUUGUGGCUGGUGCAAUCGCCUUCCAGAUCAUGUGUUGGCUCAUCCCAAACAUCAUUGGAGAAGCCGUCACCGUUGCCAUUAUCGGUUUACUACUAGGUCCAGUUUACCCCUGUGCAACCGUUGUUUUGAAUAGACUCCUGCCCAGAGAUGUUCAAACAACUUCUCUGGGAUUCGUCAGCGCUAUGGGGAGCAGUGGAGGGGCCGUUGCCCCGUUUGUCACUGGUAUACUCGCUCAGGGCCUUGGAACUGUGGUCUUGCAUCCUAUUUGUUUGGUGUUGUAUGGCGCGAUGAUCCUCGCGUGGUUUCUCUUGCCUCGGACUUUGAGACGUGAGGACUAA